GUUGCGCCUGCGCACAGUUGGCUUUCUACCGUUGACGUCUGCGGAUUUGUGCGAACCCAGUGUCUGCGUUUCAGCGCUUUUUUCGCGGUUCGGUUCGAUUUGAUUGUGGACGUGGACUCUUCCUCCUCAUCGCUCACCUCUGCAGAGAUACAGAUACAGAUACAGUGUGGCGAACAUGUGAAGUGGCAAUAAUCGAAAGAGCAAGCAACAGAAAUUAGAACAAGCCCACAGCAAAAAAUAACGAGAGAAGGCGAUAUAAAAAGAAGUGAACAAAAACGCCAAUUCGAAUAUAGUUAAAAUGCGGCUAAAAAAUUGUGAAAAUGGUUGACAAAAAGUUUACGAAAUUGUCAAAUACAUUCCAAAUACAACCACCAAAAUUCCCAACACAGUGCUAAAAGUGAACAAAAACAGUGCAAUACGAAAGGAAAUACGCUUAACAAAAAGUUAAAAUUCAAAGCAAAUUCUACAAAAUAAAUAAAUAAUAUUACACAUGCUAAAUACUCCCAAAAGAAACGCUGUUGUAAAUAUUUUAAGCCGGAAAUCAGCUGCGUUGACCCCAUUGUACAUACUGCAAACUGAAAAAAAGCAAACGGAAAACCAAGAAUAUUGGAAAGCAAUCUAAAUUAAACCACUAUCCACUACGGAACUAUCAUCCCAGAUUGCAGGGUUGCAAUUUAUAUCUUUAUCCCACACAUAAUAAACAAUCUACUCGUACUACUACCCGUUCAUUAUUUUAUGCAUAGUUUUAUGUCUUCCUCCCAUUGUUUUUGAUUAGCAAAUAUAAUUGAAAACGGAUUAUCGCAAGCACAAAAACUUAAACAGAAAAAUCCAGCAAACAACUGCCAGAGAACGUUAAUUAAUUUUUGAAUAUUAUUUUCAAAAUGUCUAUUAGCUGAAGCUGCAAUUUCGUAACACUGACACUUGGCCCUUGGAUAGCGCAGGAUCUGACAACCCUCGGAUCGCCGGAAGAUUCGCCUCGAUCGCCUGGGUCCACUGACAAUGAAGUUUUGCAGCAUGAACGGCCCAAGUGAAUCGGAAGUUGAGAGCCUGCUGAUGAGCCCCUGCUGGGGACCGCCCCAGACCUCCGCCCAGGAUCAGUACCUGCUCGACGGGCACAAGCUGUUGCUGGAGCACGAACUGGACUCCCUGCCCAGCGAUGCGGACCAGAAGAACUCGCUGGACGUCCUGGACAAUCUGCUGCUGAACGGAUCGUCCCUGAACGCCUUGUCCGAUCUGAAACCGCUGCCGCCCUUCACCGGCUACACGGGCCACCUGUCCAUCAAUGGCAUCUCCGGCCACCAUUACCAUGCCAUCGCCCAACGGCUGCCGGAUGAGAGCAACAACAACUACAUGCAGAGUGCCUAUCACCCGCAGAACAACCAAUCGAAUCCCACAUCCACCACGCAGUCGAAUGGGGGCAGCAAUAGCAGCUCCAACUCCAACGAGCACAACAUAGUCUCCUCCUCCACCUGCUUGCCAGAGAGUGUCCUGAGUGGGAGCGGCGGUGGGGGCAACGAUGCCUGCCUGGCGGACGUGAAGCUCUUCGCCGAUAGUCAACUAGAUUCUAAGCUUUACUCGGUGGCCGAUAGCUGUGUGAUGAAUGGUUCCGGCUCGGGCUCGUCGGCCAAUGGAGCGGGCAACCCCAGCAUAGCCACCCUGACGCCCAUCGACCAGGUGGCCGAUUCCCUGCACAAUUCCGGCGUUCGGAUCUACAAGGAUCUGACGGAGUACGUGGAUAUGAACUCCAUAGACGACAUAGCCGCCAUUAUAGGUUCCGCCAUUGCGGACACCACGGUGCCCAAUCAGCUGGACAAGGAUGACAACAACGACACGCGGGACAGCUGGAUGGAUCUCGACGCCUGGAUCGAUGGCAAUUGCAUACAGCAGGAGUCGGCCAAGGUGCUGGUGUCGCAGCAGGAUUCCCUGGGGGACUUCAUGCUGCCGCACAGCCCGCUGCCCAUGCACGCCAGCAGUUCCACGCUCCAGAGCUUACUGAGCCACGGUUACAUGCCUCUCCUCCAGAAUCGCCUGCAGAAUGGUCCUCCCAAUGGCAAUUCCUCGGGCGGAGGAGCAGGGAAUCCCGGAGCGGGGAUCAAGGGAGAUCCCCAGGCGCCCACAUCUACCUCGUACUGCAACGAACUGGCGGCGGCCACCAGCAGCAGUUGCAGUCCACCGGGAUCGGUGGUCAGCACAACGGACAAUCCCAACGGGCUAAUGAUCAAUCCGCGGUAUCUGAGCAAUCCGACCAACAACCAGGCGGCGGGGAAUCAUCCCCACCAGCAGGGUGGCUACUCCAUGCAGAAUUCGGGCCUGUCCCUCAAGGAUAAUGGCCUGUGUUCCCCAGACCUCCUGGGCAACUAUCCGCACACGACGACGGCCAGCACGACGGGUUCGGAGAUGAGAACUGGGGCGCCCAAGGCCAAGCGAUCGCGUUCCCAGAAGAAGUCCAACCAGCAGCAACAGCAGCAGCAGCAGCAACAGCAGCAGCAGGGCGAGGGUGGUGGUCCACCGACAACGCCCCAAAUGAGCGCCAUCUCGCCGUCCGGCUUCAGUGCCAGCGAUCUGAGUGGCCUGCUGGGCAAGGAGAAGCCCGUGCACCGGUGCAGCAUCUGCAAUCGGGGAUUCCUCAACAAGUCCAACAUCAAGGUGCACCUGCGCACCCACACGGGCGAGAAACCCUUCCGCUGCGACGUCUGCGCCAAGGCCUUUCGCCAGAAGGCGCACCUGCUCAAACAUCAACAGAUACACAAGAGAAUUGGGCGUGACUGACGCUCCUCCACGAGCUUUUUGUUAUAGACGAACAACCAAGUAGCAUCUCCCAGGGAGAGGCGCCAUUCGCAGCACAGAAAAAUAAGAUUAGAUAUGGUGGGAACGGAACUGGUAUAAUCACCGCUUUUCAAAAAAGAAACACCUCAAUUUCGUCCUUAAAAGGUGGAAUUUGCAGAGUUCUUUUUAGAAAAGUUGAGGUUUUAUGCUUACUGUACUGCCAAAUGCUUAACAAAAUAUAUCCCUGCUCUCUGAUAGUUAGAGAAUUGAUUGAAAAUAUCUUUGUAGAUCUAAAAACAAAUAGUUUGGUUUUCAAAAGUGUGAAAAGUCACUCAAAUCUCUAGGGAUUUCAAAUCUCCUGAAAUUGUGCCUUAAUGUAGCAAUGUUUUUUUGCAGCUAUUCUAGUUCACCAAAAACCCUAGAAAUUGUUUUCAUAUCACUUAUGAGUUUGUCAGCGAAUGAUAUAUUCUUUGUUCUGUUAAAGUUCUUGUUAAUCUUAUAAUUUUCUGUAAUUUGGAUUCUCCAAGGAUCUAAAUUAAGUGCUGGGUGCGUUCUCCCUGCGUUCUCUGUGUGCGUGUGUGCCAGUGCUCGGCCAGGAUUAUGUCUGAGUAUCGCUCAGAACUCGGAGAUGGUCCAGUCUAUAUAUACAUAUUAUAUGGAUAAAUGCUUAAGAGGUCACGCAGUGGCAUACACACACUUUUUGAUAUUCGUUGUUGUUGGUUGCUUUUGAUCUCUUCGCUUAUUCGUAGUUAGUGAGAGUAAAGGUUAGAAAAAUAUCAAACAGUUAAAAAAUGUUCCAUUAAACACUUAAAUACUUCAAACAAGUAAGAAAAAAAUUUAAUUUUUGAAAGGAAGAUCAAAAUUCCUAAGCAAUAUUUUUGGAAUAAAAGAAAACCCAUACCCAUGAUAGAUCCUGAAGAUCAGUUUCGACAGGUUACUUACCAUCAACCUACUACCUCCAACAAGAUCAGCUUUUGGAACCCUUUUUAGCACACCAUGACCAGUUCUUUAGAGAUAGCGAAAACCCAAAGAGACCACAAGCAAUGUAAGAACAACGAAGCGUCCAAUUGUCAUUCUGCAACUGUUGUUCUGUUUUGAUGCAGGGUCGCGAACUUCGAGCAACAAAGGUCCUGGCACAGGUAAAUCGUAUCUAAUAACAAUCUAGACAAUAAUACCAAUUAAGGAGGGGGGAGUAAGAGGAAGUUGUAUAAAGUUCUGAAUGUUGUCUGUACCUCAUCAUGUUGAAAACUGAAAUAGUGACGCAUACAAAUUACAUUUUAAUCUAACACUAAUCACGCAAAAGCAAUAACAAUUUUAAAUUAAUUACUUUUAAAAUGUACAAACCAAUGGAAAA